UGAUAUCUUGCAAACUUUUGUUUAUACAGGUUCGCCAUCUUGACACGUCUGAGAAGAGUGAACUGUACAAGUUACAGCAACUGAAGGAUGAACAAGGAGAACUCUCCAGCAGUGAUGAGAAGAAGUAUAAAGCUUUGAAGCGGGCAACAGAGAGGGAAAUAGCUCAGAGUGCUGAUGUAAUUUGUUGCACAUGCGUUGGUGCUGGAGACCCUAGAUUGGCUAACUUCAGAUUCCGCCAGGUGCUUAUUGAUGAAUCCACUCAGGCUACUGAGCCUGAAUGUCUUAUUCCUUUGGUUCUUGGCGCAAAGCAGGCUGUUCUUGUCGGAGAUCAUUGCCAGCUUGGACCAGUCAUUAUGUGCAAGAAAGCGGCCCGUGCUGGACUUGCUCAAUCUCUAUUUGAGCGCCUUGUGUUUCUAGGAGUGAAGCCAAUUAGGUUACAGGUACAAUACCGUAUGCAUCCUGCAUUAUCUGAGUUUCCAUCAAAUAGCUUUUAUGAAGGUACACUCCAAAAUGGUGUAACCAUCAAUGAAAGGCAAUCAACAGGCAUUGAUUUCCCUUGGCCUGUGCCCAACCGUCCCAUGUUCUUCUAUGUUCAGAUGGGACAAGAGGAGAUCAGUGCUAGUGGAACUUCCUAUCUGAAUAGAACUGAAGCUGCAAAUGUGGAGAAGAUUGUGACUACAUUUCUAAAGAGUGGUGUAGUCCCUAGUCAGAUUGGGGUCAUAACACCAUAUGAGGGUCAACGAGCUUACAUUGUAAAUUACAUGGCAAGAAAUGGUUCCUUGAGACAACAACUUUACAAGGAAAUUGAGGUUGCAAGUGUUGAUUCAUUUCAAGGGAGGGAAAAGGAUUAUAUUAUUUUGUCUUGUGUCAGGAGUAAUGAGCAUCAGGUUGGUUUGCAUAUCCAUUAA